AUGGCUGCUCAUCUCAUUGUUCUUCUCCUCUUCAGUGUGCUUAAAGGAGUUCACAGCAUAACUACAGUCAGUAAAGUAUCAGUGAAAGCUGGAAAAUCUAUCUCCAUCCCAUGUCUAUAUGAGUCCCAAUACAAAAACCAUGUGAAGUACUUGUGUGAAGGAUAUUAUUGGACGUACUGCAGCGAUGCAGUAAAAACAAACAAACCAGACCCUUCAGGAAAAUAUUCAAUCUCUGAUGACAAAAAGCAGAACAUUUUCACCAUUACUAUAAACAAGCUGACAGUUAAAAACACUUAUUACUGGUGUGCGGUGGAGAUUAAUAAUGGACCAGAUCAUGGACAGUAUUUUCAGCUGUCAGUUAUCAGUGGCACUCCGAGUCUCUAUGUCGAUCAUCAGAGGAUUACAGGAUAUAUUGGAGAAAGCAUAACUAUUAGAUGUCACCACAGUAACUCUGGAGAAAUGAAGUGGUGCAGGCUGGGCAGGAACUGUGUGACAGGAUCAUCUGGAUCCACAGAUGGAACAACAGUGACCGCUCACAUGAGAGACCCAAAUGUUUUCACAGUGACCAUGAGUGGACUAAGGACGAAGGACAGUGGCUGGUAUUGGUGUGCUAAAGGUGACAUUCAGAUACCAGUAUAUUUAACUGUUACAGAGAAGCCGAUUACUAGUACUACUACUGCAGAACUGUAA